AGGCCAUUAAGUUAAGCAAACUAGUAGAGGAGGAACGGCUAAAAAAAUUAGAACAUGAGCGCCGUCAACUAGAGGAGCUCCGGGAGCGACAAAAAUAGGAUCUACGAGAGUCACUGGCCACAAUAGUUACCGGCACCGAUAUGCCACAUCAAAAAUUAUUUGAUUUGAAAACACUACUAAUAGACUAUGAACGAGACAGUGGACAGUCGAUAUACGAUGGCUAUCAAACCAGACAGUUCAGGAACAGUUCGGUCAACGAUAUGUCAAAACUGAUUCUAUGUAUUAUUAGAGGACUGGGAGGACAGGUAUCAAUGAAUGUGGUGGCCUCGUAUUUUGCCGAUCAUUUGGCCCGUAUUUGUUUGGAAUUUAAUCACAAAAACUACUUGAAAUUGUAUGACCCAACUGUCCAUCGACGUGAUCCCGAAGCACAGAUGACUCACGAGGCACUGGACGAUAAACUAGUAUGUGUUCAUAUCAAAGGUGAUGGUAAUUGUUUGUGGUCUUCGGUUAGCACUUCUAUGUACGGCUCCGAUGAAUACAUGGAAUCCCUGCGCCUGUUGACAGCAUUAACAUUAUUAGACUAUCGGUCAAGUUUUGAAAAGUUAUACAAAUCGGACAUACCCUACGAUGAACUCAUUGAAAAAGCUGUCACACUUCAGGAAUUGGGUCACGCGGUGCACAUACAGGCUCUGUCGCUGGCACUGCACCGGCCUAUCUAUAUGUACAGUUCAUUUGAAUCAUUGGUCGAACCCUAUCGCCAGACCUAUGAUCAGCUACGGGAGUCGUAUGAGUCUAAAUCUAUUCACAAUCAUAUGAGGUUUUUGGCUGAUGGUAGCUAUGAGGAUAAGUGUUGUAAUGCCUAA